AUGGUCUGUCCGUCGGAGGACGAAAGGGAGAAGGGGGAAUGGGAACAAGAGGGGGAAUGUAAGGGAGAGGAACCCAUCACCACGCUGAAGAGUAUCCAAACCAAGCUGGGAAUUGAGUUUGAGGGAGCUGAGGUGGUCAAACCCUGGGAGUCUAGUGACAUCCUGUUCCUGCAUGGCAAUCGUAACCGUCAUGUUAAAACAAGAGCCAGACGUGUUUCGGAAGUCGGUGUUGAUGACGUUUAUGCACUGAAAAGGACCUCAGGAAAAUCCAAGAUGGCCGCCAAGAGGAAAGGCGGGCUCAAGCUGAAUGCCAUCUGUGCCAAGCUGAGCCGGCAGGUUGUGUACGACUGCGCGGCCGAACAGGCGGAACCGGAGCAGCAGCUCAAGCAAAGGAACAGCGCGGACAGGCUCGGGCCGCACCCGGGGAGUCAAGAUGGCGAAGGCGACUACCCCGAAGGACCGCGGGACGUGCAGAAGCUGGAGGAGGACAAGAAGAGGCGGGAAGCCAUUGAGAAGUGGGUGAACGGCGAGUACACGGACGAACACGCGGAGCGCGCUGAGGAAAGGAUCUUGAAGGUGGGUGAGAGCACGUAUGGCCUCCCCGAUGGGGUCUACAUGGUGCAGCCCAAAGGCUGCAGCGACGAGGAGGACAUUGCCGAGGGUCACGAGGCAGCUCAGGGCUCGCUCGACGGGAGCUGCAUGGACGACAGAGACUCGGAGGACAUUGGGCCGAAGGAAGAGGGCUACAACUCCUCCAGUGAAGCCAGCCUAAGGCAGGCCAGCAUCGCUUCCUCAGGGGAAAAUUCCACCCUCCACGACUAUGCAGCCACCACCAUGAAUGAGUUCCUGGGCAUGUUCGGUUACGAUGAUCACCAAAACGUCCGAGACGAGAUCGCCAGGAAAAUCAGCUUCGACAAGUUGAAUGCCUCUACCUCAGAACCCGGCCUGCCCUCGGCGCUGGGCGAGGACGCCACAGCCAGGCGCGUCCGCAUCUCCAAAUACGAGUGCAUCCGCAAGCUCAAAGCAGGAGAGGGGCUUCCAUGGCCUCUUCCUAUCUCCAAACCCAACGAACUAGACUCCAGGCUGACGCCGGGCGGCAAGGAGGGGGCUCUGCUAAGCCACAGGCCCCCGGUGCAGGAGCCCAUCGCCCGCCUGGACUCCAAGUUAGCGGCUCUCUCCAUCCCCUCGGGCUCGGCUCCCCAUAUGCAAGGCUUCAUUUCCAGGCCCUCGAAAUAUGACUAUUUCAUCCAGAGGCUAAAGACGGGGGAGAGCAUUCGGCCCCAGAACGGCAGCACUUACAAGAGGCCCUCCAAGUACGACCUGGAGAACGUGAAGUACCUGCACCUCUUCAAGCCGGGCGAGGGCAGCCCUGACAUGGGGGGAGCCAUCGCCUUCAAGACGGGCAAAGUUGGCCGCCCAUCCAAGUACGACAUCAAGAACAUCCAGAAGCUGGCGGUGGUCAAAGCCCCCACCAACAUCGCCGCCGCCCCACUCUCCAGCAGCCCCUGCCCCCCCGCGCCCGGCUCAGAAUCCCCCGCCGCCGUGGGCUUCGGUAACCCCGACUUCCUGAAGGCCAGCUUCUCCAAGACGGACUCCAUCACCACGGGAACCGUGUCCACCGUCAACCGCCUUUCCAAAGGGGAACCUGCAUUGGACGAUUGCAUUGGGAGGCUGCCUACCAGUACUAGUAUACCUGCGGGUAUCCGGAACGGAUUGUCAGCAGAGAAGCCAGGUGCAGAAGAUGUAAAUAUUUACCAGAAGUACAUUGCCAGUAAUCUACCUACUGAUGGUCACCAUCCCAAAUCACCCCAUCUGCUCAGAGAUUGCUGGUUUUCGGGCAGUCAACAGUGUGGACACAUUCACUGCGCCUAUCAGUACAGAGAACAUUACCAUUGUCUGGAUCCAGAGUGUAACUAUCAGAGAUUCACCAGUAAGCAGGACGUGAUCCGCCAUUACAACAUGCACAAGAAGCGAGAUAACUCGCUGCAGCACGGCUUCAUGCGUUUCAGUCCCCUGGAUGACUGCAGCGUGUAUUACCACGGCUGUCACCUGAACGGGAAGAGCACACACUACCACUGCAUGCAGGUUGGUUGCAACAAGGUUUACACCAGUACCUCUGACGUGAUGACUCAUGAAAACUUCCACAAGAAGAACGCACAGCUGAUCAACGACGGCUUUCAGCGAUUCAGGGCAACCGAGGACUGCGGAACGCUUGUCUGUCAGUUCUACGGGCAGAAAACCACGCACUUCCACUGCAGGCGACCCGGCUGCACCUUCACCUUCAAAAACAAGUGCGACAUCGAGAAACACAAGAGCUACCACAUCAAGGAUGACGCCUACGCCAAGGACGGCUUCAAGAAAUUCUACAAGUACGAGGAGUGCAAGUACGAGGGCUGCGUCUACAGCAAAGCCACCAACCAUUUCCACUGCAUCCGAAUGGGCUGCGGCUUCACCUUCACCUCCACCAGCCAGAUGACCUCCCACAAGCGCAAGCACGAACGCAGGCACAUCCGCAACUCCGGCGGUCUGAGCCUGGCCUCCCAGCUGCUUGGCCGCAAAGAGAACGAGGCCGACGACUCCAGCAACGACGACCUGAUCGACUACUCGGCCAUCAGCAGCAAGAACUCCAGUCUGAGCGCCUCACCCACCAGUCAGCAGUCCUCGGCCCCCAUCCUGCUGUCCACCCCCACCACAGCCUCUGUCUCCUCCGGCCAGACCGGGAAGCCCAUGAGCAGCCUAGCGUCCGUUAGUAAGAUCUCCACUCUUCUCUCCCAGUCGCUCCCAAGCUCCAUGCCUGUGGCUCUAGCCCUCUCCAGUGCCGGGUCCUUCUUCCCCAUCAUCUCCGGCAGGGUGCCCCUGGCGCUGCCCGUCACGGCAGCCGGCCUGCUGUCUGCCAUCCCCUCCAACGUCCCUCCAAUGCCAAAGGACCCUUCUUCAAGGACGUGCGGAUCCAAAACCCUGUCUCCGGUGUCCACCUCCAUCAUGGAGAAAAUCACAGCAAGUAAAGGCCUGAUCUCGCCAAUGAUGGCCCGGCUGGCGGCCGCCGCCCUUAAACCAUCCAACACAGUGGAUUUGGGAAACGGACAACCGACACAGCUGAACCAGUUCAGUUUGGUUCAGAUGAAGCAGGAGCCAAGCGAUGGGCUCAAGACGCAUUCCCAGGACCAGAGCCUCAAUCUCAGCUUGAAGGAUCACGGCAAUGAAUCCAAUGGACACGUGGAAUCAGGAAACACCUCCCUCUUAUCCUCAUUUCUCAAUAAGGUCUCCCAUGCCAGCAGUGGGCUCAGCACGUUACUGAACCUGAAGCCAGACCCUGAUGGUGGUGCCUGUGCAGACCUGGACAAGGUUGCCUACAUGAGCAGAGUGAUGACCGUACAGCGACAGGAGAAACCCGUGGAACUCUGGGAAAAGUACCUGCGAAGGUUCACGACUGACGACUACUGCGAGGCCCAGUGCGAUUUCCUCCACAAAACCCAUUUCCACUGCUCGGUGGAGGAAUGUGGGGCCCUGUUCAGCACCUUGGACGGAGCCAUCAAACAUGCCAAUUUCCACUUCAGAGCUGAUGGUGGAGCAGUGAAAGUCAAGUCGGAGCCAUCAUUGUUCUCCUCCUCCGCUCCUAUGGAGAGCCGAGCUCCCACCGCCACCUCCUUCGCUUCCAUCGCCAUGGUCUCCGCUCCGGCCAUGCAGGUCUCCGCGGGGAGUCCAGCCGUCGUCACCUCCGCCCCCACGUUGCUGACCUGGAAACAUCUGGCAGCUUCCAUCCCGCCGAUCCCAUUGUCUACCAUCGUGUCGUCUCCCCUGGCCACCACCUCCCUGGAGAACGCCAAGCCCCAAGUCAAACCAGGUUUCCUCCAGUUUCAAGAGAACGACCCCUGCCUGGCCACGGAUUGUAAGUACGCAAACAAGUUCCACUUCCACUGUCUGUUCGGAAACUGCAAGUACGUGUGCAAGACGUCUGGGAAAGCCGAAUCCCACUGUCUGGACCACAUCAACCCCAACAACAACUUAGUCAAUGUCCGUGACCAGUUUGCCUAUUACUCUCUUCAGUGCCUCUGCCCAAAUCAGCAAUGUGAGUUCCGGAUGAGAGGACAUUACCACUGUUUACGACCAGGCUGCAACUUUGUCACCAACAUCACCACAAAACUCCCCUGGCACAUCAAGAAGCACGAGAAGGCGGAGCGGCGGGCCGCCAACGGAUUCAAGUACUUCACCAAACGUGAGGAGUGCGGGCGGCUGGGCUGUAAAUACAACCAGGUAAACAGCCACUUCCAUUGUAUCCGCGAGGGCUGCCAGUUCUCCUUCCUGCUCAAGCACCAGAUGACGUCACACUCCCGCAAGCACAUGAGGCGAAUGCUAGGCAAAAACUUCGACAAGAUCCCCACCCAGUUCUUUCCCCAGGACUCCAGGAGCGACGACUUGUCCUCCAUGAGCAAUGUGAACGCUGCUACAGGCUCCUCCUCAAUGCUGGUGCCCCCCAACAUGAUGGACACAGAGACAGAUGAAUACAUGGACUACCCAGCAGGCACCAGCCCGGCCGGCAACUCCUCUGAAUCCUCCGCACCGGACCGCAGUUGCACCAGCACUCCAGUUGGCAAUGAGAGUAAUUCAGCCGGCUGCCCGGUCGUUAGUGUGGCUGACGCUCUCCACAAUCUACCACCUCCAUCCUUCCCACAAGCCCUGCUCAGACCUUCCCCUCCUACUUCACUUCCAUACCUUCUCUCUCCAUCCUGUCUCUCAUACUCUCUACUCAACGCCACACUCGGAAGCGCCAGGAAUAUUGUCCUCCCGACCAGUACCAUCAUUGCUGCUCCCAGUCCGAUUAAAAGCGAUGUCCCGAUAGUGCAGGAUGCCGCAGGGAACACAAUCUCUCUCCCGACUGCCUCGGGCGCGAAGAAGAGAUUCUGGAUCAUUGAGGACAUGUCCCCUUUCGGGAAGCGCCGCAAGACGGCCUCGUCCAGGAAGAUGCUGGACGAGGGGAUGAUGUUGGAGGGCUUCAAGCGCUACGACCUCUACGAGGACUGCAAGGACGGGGCCUGCCAGUUCUCACUGAAGGUCACGCACUACCACUGCACCAGGGAGAACUGCGGCUACAAGUUCUGCGGCCGCACGCACAUGUACAAGCACGCCCAGCACCACGACAGGGUGGACAACCUGGUCCUGGACGACUUCAAGCGCUUCAAGUCCUCCCUGAGGUGCAACUUUGCGGAUUGCCAGUUCUCCGGCAACAGCACCCACUUCCACUGCCUGCGCUGCGGGUUCCGCUGCACGGACAGCACCAAGGUGACCGCCCAUCGCAAGCACCACGGCAAGCAGGACCUGAUCAGCGCCGCCGGCUUCUGCCAGUUCAGCUCCAGCGUGGACUGCGAGGUGCCCGACUGCAAGUACAAACUCAAGUGCUCCCACUUCCACUGCACCUACCCCGACUGCAAGCACACGGUGGUGGGCAUGUCCCAGAUGGACUCCCACAAACGCAAGCACGAGAAGCAGGAGAGGGGGGAGGUCUCGUCCGUCUCGCCCAACCCCCGCGAGGGCGGCCCCACCAGCGCCGCCUGCGCCAGCGUCAGCGCCACCAUGGAGUAUGACUCCCAGGGCUCCUCCCUCAACCUGGACGGUUCCUUAAACCUCAGCACCGUCGCCGACGGUUCCUUGUUCUUCCUCAAAAACGCAGCCGGCCUCGGACUCAACGACUCGCUGGACCUGAGCAGGAAGCCCCACGAGGCAGGAGCGGAGCCGGGAGCUACGGCCCAGCAGCAGCGGGAGGAGGAGGAGGAGGAGGAAGAGGAGGAGGAGGACGUCUCCGCCAUCGCCGACAUCGCCGCCCCAGGGUCUGCCAGAGCCGGGGACGAGAACGAGAACGAGGUGACGCAGGAUGAGGAACCGAACGAAGACGAAGACGACGAAGACUCUAACACGAACACGGACUCGGAUAGCAGCCCUGACACCAUGCCCCGAAACACACACGCAAACGGGGACAACCAUACGGCAGGGCUGUAGCUGAGAAUCCGGGGAACUUCCUCCCCAUUUCCCCCUUCUCGCCCUUCCCCCCUCUCCCCUCCUCUCAACCCGUCCUCCUCCUCCUCUUCCUCCCGAAGAUACAGAGACGCUGUCCUCCGAAUAAUCCAGGACGACAAUUUGUCCUCAGCGAAAGGUAGUCGAAUUAUUAACAAUAACUCCGGACG